AUGCAUUUCCAUCUCAGCUGCUUCCUUCUCCAUUACUCUUGCUCUUUCGACUGUGUGCCCGCAAGAAAGUACCACCCUAUCGACAAGAUAACUGGCACUGACUUUACAUACACGCAGCUCAGCAACCAUCUUUUCCGCUCCUUCUUCUUCUCCAACACCCAUGGGGGACCAUUCCGUGAGUCCUGA